AUGCGCCUCGACCAACCUCUCAACAAUCCAUACCAAGACUCCGUCGUUGUUGCCUCUUGCGACGGCAUGCUCUGUAUCACCACCAAUCAACAACGUGACACCGUUUUAUGGAACCCUUCCAUUCAGAAAUCCAAGAAGUUGCCCACCUUAGAAGACUCAAAGCCUUAUUUUGGAAUUAGGCCCAUUGUGUAUGGGUUUGGUUAUGAUCAUGUCCUUGAUAAUUACAAGGUGGUUGCGGUUUUUUGGGAUGUUCGUGUAGCCAAAAUUCACACUCUGGGCACUGAUUCUUGGAGAAUGAUUAAGUAUUUUCCUUCUAGUCCAAGCUCUGAUGCAGGACAAUUGGUUAGGGGCACACUUAACUGGCUCUCAGUUGAUUCGCGGAUUAUUUCGUUUGAUUUGGUGAAGGAGUGUUGUCAAGAACUCUGCCUUCCUGAUUAUGGAGGAGGGGGUGUUAAUGUGACAUUGGAAGUGUUGAGGGAUUGCUUGUGCAUCUUUUGUAAUGCACUCACUUUCGCAGAUGUUUGGGUUAUGAAUGAAUAUGGAAAUAAAGAGUCUUGGACCAAGUUGUUCAGAGUUCAUGACGGCUUUAAUCCGUUGUGUACCAGCGUGCUUUAUUAUGUAUACGAGGAUGAUGAAGUGGUCGUCAUGUCCAAGACAGGUGCGAUUGUUUAUAAUUACAUAAAUGGCACUUCUAGGAGUCCUGAUACUGAAUACAGCACAAAAAUUUCGGAGGGGAUGGUCCCAUACCGCUACAUUGAGAGUUUGAUAUCACCCUGUCUUUCAUAA